GGAGAGCUAAUGAACCAACCAGCAGCAAAACCCCGGGGGAAGUGACUUCCCUCUGCCUUCCCAACUCCUUCCGCGUUGCUCCACUUAGUGUUUUAAAGACGCACGAAGCUCCCGGCCUGGAACCGAGGCCGCGGGAGGUUCCGGGCCAGGCCCCGCCCUUGGGCUCACCCCCAGACCCGCCCUGCGAGGGCACCAUGCUGCUGGGGGCGCUCCGGCCGCUGUCCAGCGCUCGCCGCCUGGGCCAAGGCUGCUGCAAAGCCAGCCUCAUCCUGCUUCUUUGGUUCGGUUCUCCGCUCUCUGUUCGGUUCCGGUUUCCCCUCUUUGCACUGCCAUGCCUUGCUCUGAAGAAACCCCCGCCAUCUCCCCCAGCAAGCGCGCCAGGUCUACGGAGGAGGGGGGCAUGCGUAUCCGCUUUGCCCGGCUCUCGGAGCACGCCACGGCCCCGACCAAGGGGUCGGCGCGGGCGGCAGGCUAUGACCUGUACAGUGCCUAUGAUUAUACAGUACCACCCAUGGGGAAAGCCCUUGUGAAAACAGACAUUCAGAUAGCCCUUCCUUCUGGAUGUUAUGGAAGAGUAGCUCCACGUUCUGGCUUGGCUGCAAAACACUUCAUAGAUGUAGGAGCUGGUGUCAUAGAUGAAGACUAUAGAGGAAAUGUUGGUGUUGUGUUAUUUAAUUUUGGCACAGAAAAGUUUGAAGUGAAAAAGGGUGAUCGAAUUGCACAGCUGAUUUGUGAACGCAUUUUUUAUCCAGAAAUAGAGGAAGUUCAAGUUUUGGAUGUCACUGAAAGGGGUUCAGGAGGUUUUGGUUCCACUGGAAAAAAUUAAAAUUUAUGCCAAGAAUGGAAAACAUACUUUUAUCCCUUAAAAUCACUUUUACUUAAAAUGUUUUGGUGUUCCUGCUCCUGUAAACUUAAUAGCCUUAUUAACCUCUAAAAAAAAUCUAGUUUUCUUAAGAUCAAGGAAACCUCUGGUGGGAUCGCAUAGAAACUUCUUGUGUUUUUCUACUCAGCAAUUGUUGUGUGUAAAUCUGCUUUAGUAUCCUAAAACAAGCAAUUUCUUUUUCAGUUCAUUUUAUGUAUAAAUGUGUAUCUUUUGGAAAGUGUGUAUUAUUUAAUUCACUAAAUGCUACCCCUUCAGCAACUUAUUUUGCUUUAAUUGCUUUAUGAACCAUAAACAAUGUCUUAUUCAGUAAAUUCGAAUUCUUUCAAAAAGGUAAAUUAUUGCAUAAACUGAACUAAAAGAUAAUAAAAAGGAGAGGUUAAAGUUAUUCUGUGUUCUUCCCUUCUCUUUAUUGGUCGAAACAAAAUUUUGAAAAUCUGAAGAUUCUUUCAUAGUGAGAAGAGAAUCCUUAGGCUAUUAUUGUUGUUACUGUUUUUAAUCUUCAUUUGCUAGUCCUUGGGCUGACUGGGUAGAGGUGUAUUUGUGAAAGGAAAUGUAACUUGGAAAUAUCUAGUUGAUUUGUUCCUCUGAAAUUCAUUCUAUCAGCAAAUUAUACUAGUUAUGGUUAUAUCUGUUUCCUUCACUGAGGUAACAAUAGUAGGCUAUAACCAAAAUAAAAAACAAUGCAAUUUUAUAGAAAUAAAAUAAGUUCUAUUGAUGUAUACUUAUCCCAUUAAGUUUUUCUAUCCCAAGUACAUAGUUAGAGUAAAUAUGUUUAAGCAGCACUUUAUUGCAAAUUUGAGGCAGAUUUGGUAGAUUAUCAACAUCUGUUGCAACCUCCUGCUAGUGCGCUUUCCUUUACUGUAUUUCCCAGACUCCUUUACAUAAGGGUGUAGGGUAUAACUUGUUUUUUGUUGUUCAGAUGCAUUAGUAUUAGUCUCAAGAGGCUUUCUUUUUGUGGGUGUGUAUUAUACAGAUGGAGUGCUUCUGGAGCUGGUAGCUCUCUUGGCUGUCCAGUUUCUUGAAGAACAGGCUAGAAUUUGUUUCUUCUAUCCUUCCAGGGAUGCUUUAGGCCAUUUAAUGUCCUUCAAUAUAGUAAUUUCCAUUUGUGGGUCACAGUCUGUUAGUGAAUCAUGAAAUCAAUUCAGUGGGCUAUAAUCAGCAUUUAAAAAAUUGAAUAGAAAAGCAGGAUAAUACGUGUUAGAAAGGUAGAUAAUGUGAAAAUUGUUUGAAUUACAUAUGUAUGCAUGCAUGUGUGUACUGGGUAUACAUAUGGUAUAAUU